AUGGUCUUGGAGAUGAUAACAGGAUAUGUCGCAGACACGCUUCCAGGCACGGAUCACAUCAAGAAGCCUGGAGCGAUGCUCAUACAGGAUGCUCCGUCCCACAUUCCUUUUUCAAAUAUUCUUGAGCAUGGAGACAUUGUACUCCUGCUGACACCCGUCGUCCGCCCUGUCGAACAAGGCUCUACCCAGGAUCCCUUCGAGCCCCUCGGGAGAGGGCUGGCCAGGUACCACCCAUGGAUUCGGCACGUUCCGUAUACAGCAACAGCCGGCAUCACCAGCACUCAUGUCGCCUUCAUCAAGAGGGCAAAGAUUGUGGUCUUUGUCAUCUCGGGACCGCCCAGCCCGGGACAGCCUUCUCAGGUGGCCCUGUCUAGCAUCGCGCAGGCGGCCGGAGAUCAUCGCCCACACGUGGUCGUCGCCUGUUGCGAUGUGCAGGAACUUGAGUCCGCCACGUCCAUAUUCCCAACGAUUGUACAGCUCCCUGGCUACUCGCGACACGACCUGGAUAUUGGCGCAGACAUUCUGUACCACGGACAGCCAAGGCAGACCGCACCGACGCCAGAAAUCCCGAGUGCGCAGCCCAAGGAUUUUACGCACAGGUGGGUUGUCAAGGGGUUUAACGUGGCGACCGACACGCAAGCGGUCUAUGAUCUUUGGUGCCAGAGCAUGCCAAAACAAUUCAACCUCACCCGGCACCGUCUCAUGAGCCUUUUGCAGCGAGAUGGCUACGCGAAGCACCUGGUGGCCAGGGCCUCUGAGACCGGGCCGAUCCUGGGAUUCUGUGCCACUUAUAUCACCUACCUGGACAGCAAGGGAGAGGUCCUCGUGGGAUCAAUCGCCGCAGUCGUCGUUGAGGCUGCGCACAGGGGCCGGGGUAUCGGCCGGAUACUGCAUGACGCAGGUCUCAAGGAAUUCUCAAAGACACGAGGCGUCAGCCGGCUGCAGCUGGGCAGCACGUUCCCUCGGCUUCUGUACGGUCUGCCUGUCGAUGACCCCUCUGAGGGGUGGUUCAGACGACGUGGCUGGAAUAUGGACUGCAAUGCGGCCGGCACGGGGCAGGAAGUCGCGGACUGGGUGCUUGCGUUCAACGAGUGGCCGACUGGUGGGCUGCCGCCCAUUGGUGUCACCUUCAGGCCCUGCGGAGACAUGGACUUCGACAGGGUCCUGGACAUUGUCGAGCAGGACUCGGAGCGGAACGGCAACAUGGCCUGGUACGACCAGUAUGCAAAGCUUGCCGAUUCGAUGUCCAUGAGCGACAUCGUUAUAGGCCUGCGUGGCGAUGCCAUCGUUGCGACGGCUAUAACGUAUCUCAUGCGCUCCGAAAACCCGUCGGCGGACGACAUACCUUGGGCUGGUGCCAUUUCAGAGGACACGGGAGGUGUUACGUGCAUUUGUAUCACUGACAAUGACCCGUCGAGGAGAGACUCGAUCAUGGUCAGGCUUUUGGACGCUUGCGUGCAAGGACUGCGUCAAAGAGGCAUGGGGAGGAUGUACAUUGAUGCGGCAAAAGGGGGCGAUGCCGGCUUUCAGUCCAUAGGCUUCCAGAAGUGGGCCAGAUACAGAGACGUGUGGCGGGAUGUAUAA